AGCAGCAGCAGCAAGCCCCAGGAAAACCUCCAGCAGCGGAACCGGGAGGCUGAGGCGACCCAGAGAGCUCAGGCAUGCCGUCCGUGUCGAGUUUAUCCGCAGUUGUCAGGACCCGGAAUCGCUUCACUACUUGAGGGAAGCAAAGUUGGCGCAAUGGAGAGUUCGGGGAGAGACGCGGGGUCGACUCGCUGGGGGAGAGCGGAGGAGAGGGACGGAUACUCAGACCUGGAACAUCUGCCUCCUCUGCUGGAGGACGAGGAAAAUGUGUCUCUGGCAGACAUCCUGUCUUUGCGGGACAGCUGUCUGUCCGAGGAGGAGGUGUGGGCGGUGUGUGUGGAGUGUGCCCUGGCCCUGCAGAGCAUCAGACCCUCCCACCUUUUCCACACCCUGUGCAUCACACCAGACACUCUGGCGUUCAAUGCCCACGGGAACGUGUGCUUCAUGGAGCAGCUGAGUGACGAUCCAGAGGGCUCCUUCGUGCCUCCAGAGUUCGACAGCACGGGAAGCACGUUUGAGGGCCACGUUUACUCUCUGGGCUCCACACUUUCUGCUGCGCUGAGCUUUGUCAUCGAGCCGGAGCUGGAGGCGAACCUCGGGGAGGAAAUCCAGAGGCUGCUGGAGCAGAUGCAGGAGGAGAAGCCUGAGGACAGGCCGCUCCUGCAGGACAUCCUGUCUGAGGCUGAAGCUCGGCUGUCUCGCUCCUCCUCUGCAGCCGUGUGCCGGAAACUGUCCUCUGUUGGCCGGCGGGUGCUCUCCAUCGAGUCGGUUUCAAACUUUCAAGAUGGACAGGAAGGCUCCUGGGAGGCGAGGUGGCAGCACGCCAAACCCAGAUGCCUUCUUAAAAGACUGAGUUCCGACGAUAACACCAAAGACCUGCCUGAUGGCUCUGUCAAAACAAACGGUCUGUCAAGGCAGCAGCUGUGCGGGGGCUGGGAUUCCUCUCUUUGGGCCGAAGACAUGGAGAGCUGUGAAGGGGAUCGCCGCAUGAUCUUCACCGACGAGCUGGACUGCCGCUCCCACAACAGCUCCCCGGUGAGGAGGAGAGCACUGCAGAGGUUGAACAGGGUGAGGGGGGCCCUCAAUCGCUCCUGCUCCGUCCCGGACUCCAACAACCCCCCCAGCCUCUCCCCUCCCCCACACGGAGAUAUCAGCAUCCCUGUUUCAGACCUCACGGAAAUUGGCACCGAUGAGCAUUUGAGCUGCUGCAAGACUGUGUGGAGUAACAAGCUUCAGAGACUCAACCGGGGAAAGUCGUGCGAGUCUUACCCACUCUCCAUCAGAGAGGAUUGUGGGAAGGUGUUCCAGAGAAAUGAGGACUCUGCAGAGAUUUUAUGCAUCGAAGAGAGAGAAACCCCGGAAAGUCAGCCUGAGGGCCACUACGACGUCUCACCUCCUUCCAGUCACGAGCUGGAAAUGGACCGGGACCCCGCUGGGGACCAGGGCUCCUCGAACCACAUCCUCUACACUCCUAACAACCACAUGACCAAAAGCAUGCUGUGCCUGAAUGAAGAAUCUCAGGAUGAGUGGAUCUCACUCAGAGAGUUGCUGACUCGCUGUGAGCGGAGGCUGACGGUGAACGAGCUGUGGGCCCUGUGCUCCGCCUGCCUGUCCUCACUGCAGACCUACAUCGACUUCCCAGCUUAUUUGUGCCUGGACACAGUGUACGUGGGCUGUGAAGGAGAGGUGCUCUUCUUGAAACCAAAAAACGUUGGAAUCUUAGAUGAGUUUUAUCUUGCGCCUGAAUAUCAAGAACAUGGAAUUGUUACGGAAAAGGUUUGUGUGUAUGGAGUUGCUGCUAUUCUCUGGGCCGCAGCCAAGUUCAGUUUAUCGCCCAAUCAAAAGCUGGCGAUGCCUCGCAAACUGAAGAGACUGCUGCUGGAGAUGGCUAAACGAACGCCCAUCGAGAGACCGUCCAUCGUCAUGGCUCAGAGAAGCUGUCGUGACUACUUGUUCCGUCAGGGGACCAGCGCCGAGGCCGUCUGGAGCAGCCUCAUCAGCAGGGUUCACCCGCCGGCCCCGAACGCCGGAGAACCACAGGAACUGACUGCAGCUCAUCAGCACUGCUGUGAAGAAUCUCCACAGAACCACAGUGGCUUUGUGCCCACGGCCACUGAGAGCCGCCUGGCUCCUGUGCCUGGCCCUCUUCCCCACAGCUACCCAGUCAGCCAGGAACGCCAUUUCCCAGAGGCCUUCACUUCCAGUGCCACUCACUUCACCCCCAUCAUCCUGACGAAUGAGGGAGAGUUCGAGGAGGAGGGAUCCCAUGUAGCAGCAGACACUGAAAGGACUUUGGACGAAUUUGCGAAUACAAACGAGCAGAACAUGGAAGAUGGUUUUGAUGUCUCUGCGCCUUCGAAAUAUCCGUGUCCUUCCCAUUCUGAGCAGAGUUUACAUUCACAACUGACGACAACCCAGACGGCCAAAGCUUCAUCAUCCACAUCCUCUGGCAACGGCGUGCCGGCGGACUCUUCUUCCACCCUCCCUGAUAUUUCUCAUCUUGAAGUUAGUCUUCCUCUGCCGUUAUCGCCCAACCUCAACGGCUGCGGAGUUUACAACAAUUACCUCUUUCGGCAAGAUCCCACAACAGGACAUCUCUCUUUAGUGCCAGUGCAGGUCCGGGCUCCAGAGUCUCUCCUCGGGUUGGACAUUAAUCUCUCACUCAUCCCACCGCCUUUGCAGGAGCUGAUGGCGACUAAUGAGAGUGCUGAGGAGCCGUUUGUUGACUGUCAAAAUGUGCCGGCGAGGCCCGCGACCUUAGAAUAUGACCUCCCUCCAUCUUUAUUCGGAGGAAACUCGAUCCUCUCCGGGGACACCCACGAGCAUGCUCCACCCAGAGCAUACGAUGGAGAAACAAGCUGGACAACCCAGGAGGAGAGGCGGUCCUUUCCAGAGCCCGCCUCCCCCAAAGUCCACCCCAACCUGCAGGAGGUCAUCAACCUGCUCAGGGGAGAGUUUUCACUCCACGGCUUUUUGGACAACGGCCAUGAGGAUGUUGCCAUGGGGGAGUACAUCUUCUCUUUGAAGGACCUCCAGUUCCGGGCGUUUGCCAGCGUUGUGAAGGAGCGCUUCAGUGACCUGUACUGGGACGACGACUUGCUGGGAAUACUGCAUUGGCUGGUAAACUACAGCCCAUCUAGUCUCGGCUCUAAUGAGCAGCCUCCAUCAAAGGCUGUGCAAAGGGCAGCCCAUUCCCCACCCUCCAUAGCUGCCGUGUGCAGCAGGAAGAGAGAGAUCUGUGUGCACAGCUGCCUCGAUCUGAAUGGGAACAUCCACACGUCCAGUCCCGUCACUGCGUAUCCCUGGGAAAGAGCCGGAGUCCAGUCCCGGCGUGGAGAUCCAGAAACUGCGGCUGAAGAUGAGGAACUAAGAUCGGAGCAGAUUCAGCUCGGGAGCAUUCAAGGGGUGAGCGGCGACAGUUCGGACUCGGGGGUCAUGGAGGGAGGAGAUCAUUCAGCGGGGGGCAGCGAUGAAAGCCCCUCUGAAGCCGAGUUUCUGCCGGAGAGAGAGGAAGGGCCGGCCGAUCAGACGAGCCCGGACUGCUCCGAGGACAUGGAGGACAGCGACUCUCUGGCGUCGGACCGCCUCGUCUCACCAGGAUCCCGAGUGGAGGGCGCGGGCCGCAGCUUGGGCCCCUCCUGGGACCUGGCCCUGUACGGACAGGACUGUUUCAGCGCGGAGGUGAUCCAGUACGCGGUGAAUCUGGGGCAGCACGCAGGAUCGCCAUGUCUGGAGGCGAAAACACAAGAACUGCAGCAGCAGCUGAUGAUUGAAACAAGGAAUCUAAAGAAAACAAGAAAUUUCUACCAGAAGCUGAUUCAACAGGAGAGGAAGAACAAAGGUGGUGAGAGCAACAAACCAAUGCUGUCCAAACUCAAGACGCAGCUUGAAGAGCUCAAAUCCAAGGUUUCCUUCCUGGACGGAGUCAAGAGAUACUUGGAGAUUGUGAGUGUGGACCAGUGGGGUCUCGAUGUUUCGUUGUUGCCCUCUUUGGCGGCCUGUGGACCCGACUCGUUGGACCUCCAGGCCUCUGAAGACCCCACUGUGUUAAGUUUUGGUACCAGCAAAGGGAAGACCACUCUGCAGGCGGGGUCUCCUCUGGGCCUGAUGGCUUACCUUUACGCCAGAAAUGCUGUUUUGGAGGGUUACAUCCAGCAGUUUCUCUACACGUAUCGUUUCUUCUGCACUCCCGAGCAGUUACUGCAGUUCAUAAUGGAGAAGUUCAUCAGUGCUGCGAGGGACGGUCCGGACAUGUCUGGAGACAGCGAAAGGAUAUUCCGUCGGAGUUUGGACCUGCUGCACUUCUGGAUAACUGACAGUAAACGUGUGGAUUUCACACCGAAGUCCAGCUUGGUGGAAACACUGGAAAACUUUCUGAACACAGAGGUGAUUCCUGUGGACGGCCAAGGAGAGGCUCUUCUGGCUCAUCUCCACAGCUCUCCCAGUGGGACUCCUGCACGGCCGUUCAGAGGAAGCCUUCUCAGCUUCGAUGAAGAUGACGACGUGUGGAGAAUCUCUCACGUGGUGGAGCCCUCUCCGUCCAUGCCCAAAGAAAAGGCCUUCUCCAUCGCCGCGGCCCUGCCGAAGCCUUGCUACGGCUCCCUCAUGAAUGACUUGUCAGGCAUCUGCCUGCAGAAUGAAGAGCGGGUCCCUUUCAGCCAGAACGAGCACAGCACGCAGCAUGUAGCCCAGCAGCUCACCCUCCUGCAGCAGGAAAUAUUUCAGGGAUGUCAUCCGGUUCAUUUCCUCAACUCCAGGAUACAGGGAGUCAGGGACAAAGUCCUGACGGCAAACAAGAAUGUGCCACAACAGCUCCCGCCAGCAGAGGGCAGCAGCGUGCUGGUGAAUGAGGGCUUAUCAUCAGAGGGCUCCCUGCAGAGGCUUCUCACUUAUGCUGACAAUGUGGCGAACUGGAUCUCCGCUGAAGUCGUCAUGUGUGACUCCGUCAAGACACAAGUUGCUUUGCUGACCAAGUAUCUGUGGAUCGGAAAACACUGCUACGAGCUGAGGAACUUCGCCACUGCCAUGCAGGUCCUGGGAGGGCUGGAGAACGUGAUUGUCAGGCAAUUACCGGCUUGGAAACAUCUGCCUUCCAAAGUGUGUGAGAUCCUCGAGGAGCUGCGAGCCGUGCAGGUUUUUCUGAAGAGCGACGACUUGUGCCUGAUGGGGGGAGAAAACACCAAGAAAAGGCCGACUCUGCCCGCAGCGCACAUCCUGGCCAUGCACGUCCAGCAGCUAGAGAUCGGAGCGUUCACGCUCACCACCGGGGCGUGCAAGUGGACCAAACUCAGGAGCAUAGCAAAGGUUGUGAGUCAAGUCCACGCCUUCCAAGAGGCCGCGUACCCCUACACCCCUGACCGGGGGCUGCAGGCCUACCUCCGCUGCCGCGUGGCGCGGCUCGCCGCCUCCGACAUCCACCUCUUGGCCGCUGGCAACGACGCCAACUUCCAGCAGUCCAGCGAGCGCCAAGCGAGGAGGAUCCAGAACACGCUGAGGAGGGUCAAGGCCACUUUCCAGUGAGACCGGCCUCGGUCGCACGUCCAGGAUCAGAGUUCAGCGCCGCCGCCGCCGCCACCAGGUCAACACGCCAUGUCACAGCUGGCAGGAGGCCCGGCAUGCCGGGAAACUUUCACCCUGUUUAUAAAGUCACGAUUUGUAGGGGGAAAAAAAUGCACACAUAAUAUUGGUUUUCCUUGUAUUAUUAUAUUAUUAUGAAACUUCUCCUGCUGAUUCUACAUCUCUUUAAUUUUCAUAAU